AUGUUUCGAAUGAAAAUCCAAAGUCUCAAAAAUGAAGCUGCUCACUUGAAGGAGGCUAAUGAGACUGCAAGGUUGCUUCGCAGUGACCUAAAGGAUCGACGUGAGGAACUGUUUGCGAAGAUAGAUGGCGCAUCCCACGACCUGCUAUCUGCCUGUAGAAAUGCCCUUUUAAGAGAAAAACGGCAAUUAGAUCUGAUUGAGACCCAUAUUCAGAAAAAGAUUGUGAUCAUAUUGAGUAAUCAGAAGCAAGUAGUAAUGGCAAUCAAUGCACUUCGGAACGUAAAUGCUCUUUUUGAGAACGCAGAAACGCAGACGCUGUGUGAAUUGAGACAAGCAACCACAGAGGCGACGAACACCUUGGAGAAUUUUGUAAGCACCGAUCCAAUGCGUGAUCUGCACACAUUUGAGAAUUAUACGCUGGCACCGGGUUUCGACGAUGUAAGUAUUUACAAUAAUCUACGUUAA